CUCAAACGCGAUUCACACCGUGUCACCGGUAGAUCUUGUCCCCAGAUCUCUCCAGUGUGCUCUUCGCGAUAGUGCUGUAAAUGGACACUGAGAUCUCUCCCUACCCUAAUCGGUCUUCGGGCCGCACGCUCACCGUCUCCUCGUGGACUCUACCGUCAUAAAGGCCGCCUGAAUCAGCUUUUGUGGAUUCGCACAACAUGCCUACUGCCGGCUCGUACGCAGGGAAGGGACUUGACUCUUUGAACACUUCUCUUGAUCAUGCUCAAGCCCAUGGAACCCGCUGGGAUGACGAUGACCGUCAAAAUUUCCUGGCCAACUAUCUUGUCUCACGAGAGAAUCGGGAUAGAUUACUCGAAUACGGGAUAAAUCCGCUUUCUUUGGCUGAUGCCGAAGCCAAAGGCCGCGCGCGUGCGUUUGCUGGUUAUGCUGGAGAGACCGAAAGAAGCGCUCGGAGAUCUUCGGAUAAUGCCAAUGCACCCACACCCGUUUCCAGGGAGGAACCAAUACCGUUGCAAAAGAUGCAAAAUGCAGUAGGCUUGGGUAUCAAUAAGCGUGCCAAGAAGUUGAAAGAGCGAGAAAGCGACACUUUCGUUAUCGACGAUACUGGAGCACUGGAUCUACGUGUAACUUCCGUGAUACCGUUUCGCACCGGUCCUGCUAUCGGGCCUCCCACUCCUCUCAGGCCUCAAGCCACAGCAUCUAGUCAGGGUGGACAGGAUCCUUUGUUUCUUGGUCAACAAGCUACGAACUCCGGCGACCGUCCACAGCCUCCUUCCUCUAGUUACGACCCACGACAUUCGUCUACUCUAGGCCAACCUCCGCAGAGUUCUUCGUCUCGCCGGCCACAGCAGCAACAUCAACCUCCGAAUCCACGCCAGUCCGGCCGGACCGAUACGAUAUACUCCAGCGCCUCUCUUCCACCCUAUUCGUUGACUGCACCGCAGGGACAUGUUUCGCCGAAUGUGAUGCAACAAGGGCCUCCUCAGACGGUGCCCCACACUCAGCUGUACCCACCUGGUCCUGGACCUGCACCCGCGUCUGCACCUGCACCUAGUCCCGCUCAUCCGCAUGUCCAGGGUCCACCCUCGUCUCGAUCCAAUCGCCUUGCAGGACCACCGGUCGUUCAACCACAACGGAAUAGUUCUCGCCGUCUUCACUCUGGCUCAGGUCGCAACCCUGGUGGGCCAGACAAUGUCCAGCCUCAGCAGGUGCCGCAAACUCUUCAGCAAUAUCAUAUCGCGAAUCCGAAUGAAGAUGGUUCAGACUCUGCGACCGAUCCAGGAAGCACCCACCAGCCAAACGACCAGCCAAACGACCAGCCAAACGAUCAGCCGACCGCUGACCAGCCAAGCGGCGACCGCCCAAUCAGUGACCGCCGGGAGUCGACAGUCCUCUUCAUUCCAGGACAGUACCCGGCUUCUUCGAGUGCCGGCUCCGGCCACCGUUCGUCUUCUUCGUCCGGACGGCACCACGCCUCUGAGCUCAAUGGCUCAUCUGGCAGGAGCACUCAAGGGACGGGAUCGACCUGCACUGAUUCGUUCUCUUCUCUGUCGAGCGUUCGCUCUUCGAACUCUCGCUCAACUCAACACUGAAUAAGGAACGACGGGAUGUGAACUGAGGGACACCGGGCCUUGAGGGUCCCGAUGUCCUAUUACGGAGUUCCGAUACCAUGCUUGUUGCCACGUUUCCUGUUGUUGCAUUGCUAUCCAGUUGUGUUUGUUUUCCCGUGUCCUCGUAGUCCCCUGUAUUUUUUGAUAACUGGCGCUUCAGUCAAUACAAUCUUGUCUUCUCGGGCACACCGAUCCACGCUAUGUAGGACUCUCGUGCACGGAUCGAUGGCAUAGCUCCAAUCACAGAUUGUGACUGACCGCGUCUGUGACAGAUAAAAUAGAGUGGGCUCCAAUGCGCCCACUCUCAGAUCCCCACGAAGAUAGCGAAUUUCCUUCUUGCUACUCUGCUUCAAGACGGAAUCUACCAGCGAAGCUGAAGGCCGGACUGAGACUCUGGAAGUUCUGGAUGACGGCUGACUCAAUCUGAUGACAACGACUCAUUUCGGGUCAUCGUGGCAGUGCAAGUUUUCAGAGCUC